AUGGGCAGCAAGAUGCUCAACAGCUUUGUGACAGCGCGGAAAAGAGUCAGUCAGCUGCAGAUGGCUGCAGAUUGUCACGUUAAAAGCAAGGUGACCUGGCAAGCUGUGAUUGAAGAGCUAUCCACACAAAAGAUGUGCCGGCCAUUUGGCAGGGCGGCUCCUUGCAAGCCAUGGAAUUUUGCAAUUCCCCUCAAAUACAGUAGCCCAUUGAGCUUCCAGGUUGGCCUUGCAGUCUUUCGGGAAGAUGCUCAACCUGCAUUUUGGUGCAGCCAGGAAACCUGUCUUGGCAGGCUACCUGGCACAGUUGGUCCAAAAAAGAGCUGUGAGGGAAUUGACCACCCUGGGCACGCUGCAAGACCUGGCAAGUUAGAUUUAAGCUCCGCGGCAACUGGGCAACUGGGAGAUGGAAAUUGCUGUUUGGGGUGA